GUGCACUGCUACAUCAUUAAAUUAGUCAAUCCAUUACCGAAUAUCAAAAGGAAAUAAUUAUAAUAAUCAUCACAUAGUAGAAAAUUAGCUCACUUCUUGCAAUUUCUAUAUCCAUAUAAGUUACAAGCAUAAGCCUAGAAUCCUUCAAUAACAACCACCCUUCUGCAUCUCUAAUACCUUUAAUUGCUGUUAUUCACCAAAUGAAUCAAGAAACUGCCAUGGUUGUUCGGCAAAUCUCAAAAUGCACCAUCAAACCACACAAAAUUUUAGAAGAAUCAAAACAGCCACACUACUUAUCUACAUGGGAUUUAACCAUACUCAAUGCACAUUACAUUCAAAAGGGUCUUCUCUUCAAAAAACCAUUACCGAACCCUACCGACACAUUCAUCGAUCAGCUUAAACACUCUUUAUCCAUAACAUUGACCCAUUUCUACCCUCUUUCAGGCCGUUUAGUGACUAAACAACAACACAAUCCACCAUUUUAUGCUAUUUAUUUGGAUUGCAGCCAUGAUUCUGUUGGAGCUGAGUUCAUUCAUGCUGCCGUAGACUUGAGUAUGGUGAACAUUCUUACUCCGAUUGAUGUACCGCGAAUUGUCCAAUCAUUUUUCCCUCUUGAGGGAGCCAUUAACCAUGACGGGCACACCGAACCUUUGUUAGCAGUGCAGGUGACCGAGUUAUUGGAUGGAAUUUUUGUGGGUUGUAGUUUUAACCAUGUUGUAGGUGAUGGAACUUCUUACUGGAAGUUCUUUAACUCGUUUGCAGAAGUAAGUAGGAAGCUAAGAAGAACUAGAAAAGACGCAGAGGAUUAUCAUCAUUUUGAUUGCAGUAUAUCUCAUCCACCUAUAACCAAACGCUUUUUUUUGGCGGGUCACGGAGAUACACCCCUCAUCAACCUGCCAUUUUCCCACCACAAAGAAUUUGUCGCCAGAUAUAUACAACCACCGCUCAGGGAAAGAAUGUUCCAUUUCACAGCAGAAUCAAUAGCUAAACUUAAAGCUAAAGCCAAUGAAGAAUGUAAUGCAAAACAUAUUCAGAUAUCCUCUUUUCAAGCUUUAAGUGCUCUUGUAUGGAAGUCAAUAACACGAGCACGUAAUUUUCCUUCCGAUAGGAUAACAAGUUGUAAGUUAGCAAUCAACAAUAGGCCGAGAUUGAAAUCACCUUUGUCUGACAACUACUUUGGCAACAGCGUUAGCAUAGUGUUCGGGACAGCAACUUCAGGGGAGAUUAUAAACAACAGUAUCGGAUGGGCAGCCUUACUUAUACACAAGGCUAUAGAAGAACACACAGAUGAGAAGAUUCGAAUAUCUGUAGAUGAAUGGAUGAAGAAUCCACUAAUAUUUAAGGUGGCAGAAUUUAUUGAUGCCUCUAGCGUGGUCAUGGGAAGUUCGCCAAGGUUUGACGUGUACGGUUGUGAUUUCGGGUUGGGAAAGGCCGUGGCUGCACGUAGUGGAUAUGCUAAUAAGUUUGACGGGAAGGUGUCAUCGUACCCUGGUCUAACAGGGACAGGAAGCGUGAUGCUUGAGGUUUGUCUUCCACCUGAAUCAAUGAGUGCACUUGAAUCAGAUGAGGAGUUUAUGGAUGCUGCAUCUCCUCAUGAAAUUCAUUCCGUGCACCUUGCCAAUGUAUGAUUAGCUUGCAUAUAUUUGAAUCAUCAGACCGCAC